CGUUCUUUGAGGUAUUUCGUCGAACACAAACAGCACAUGUAUGAAAUCGAAGUGGUCUGUCUUUGCUCUACUUAGCCCCACGCCAUGAUUUCUCUCCUUAAAGCUCGCGAGAAGCUUCUCUCUCCUCUCUUCACUUCCUCUAUAUGCCGUCGUCUCUCGUCUAACCUCUCGUAUUCUUGUGAAGAAGCGAGAGGUUCUGACGUAUUCAUACAUCCAAGUGCUGUCGUCCACCCAAGUGCUGUGAUCGGAAAGGGAGUUUCAGUUGGCCCGUACUGUACAGUUGGUUCUUCAGUGAAGCUAGGCAAUGGCUGCAAACUCUAUCCUUCAAGUCAUAUCUUUGGAAACACAGAGUUGGGGGAUUCUUGCGUCCUCAUGACUGGUGCUAUUGUUGGCGAUGAGCUUCCUGGUUUUACAGUUAUUGGAGGCAAUAACAUUAUCGGUCACCACGCUGUGGUCGGUGUUAAAUGUCAAGACUUGAAGUACAAGGAUGGGAAUGAAUGCUUUCUUUGCAUUGGUAACAACAAUGAAAUUAGGGAGUUCUGUUCUAUUCACAGAUCAUCAAAGGCUAGUGAUAAAACGGUGAUUGGUGACAACAAUCUAAUCAUGGGCUCUUGUCAUAUCGCUCAUGAUUGCAAGAUUGGUGACCGAAACAUAUUUGCCAACAAUACACUUCUUGCAGGCCACGUGAUCGUAGAAGACUAUACACACACAGCAGGAGCCACGGUGGUCCACCAGUUCUGUCAUAUUGGUUCUUUCGCUUUCAUUGGUGGUGGUUCUGUGGUUUCACAAGAUGUUCCAAAGUACAUGAUGGUGACUGGAGAAAGAGCUGAACUUCGCGGUUUAAAUCUAGAGGGACUUAGACGUAAUGGAUAUACCAUGUCAGAGAUGAAGAGCCUGAGAGCAGCCUAUCGUAAGAUAUUCAUGUCUACCGAGACAUCAAGUCUUGAAGAGCGUCUCACGAAGAUGGAACAUAACCAAGAGCUCUACAGUGUUCCUGCGGUUAGUGCCAUGUUGCAGUCAAUCCGAGAUUCUUUCGCAGAAGGUCGUCGUGGGAUAUGCAAGUUCAGACAGUGGCUCGAUUCUUGAGUUUUCAGUUCACAGCUUGGAGACUUAGAUUAGGCAUUCAUUGAUCAACAAUAGCUCAACACUAUCUCUUUCACUGAAUCUGUAAUAGUUUAAUAGAUAACUUAAACUAAGUUUUGUCAAUAUUGAGUGGCCAAAGAAAUCCUUUAUAGUCACUUGUUAUUUAAAGAAGAUCCGUUGGUAUUUUUUUGGUUUUAUUACAAUAAGUUGAGGAUGUGACCACUUACAUGAGUGAUGGCAAAAUCAGGACUUCCUGUAAAGAUUUACAAUUUCUUUCUAUGUACAUGUCUACUUGUGAUCUUGGAUUGAAUCAUUUUUCUGGUCUCUUACUGUAGAAGCUUGUUUGCUGAUAACUUUUGCCGCCUCUUUCAUUCCAGGACAGUGUACUGAACUUGAGUGUUUCUAGAAUCGUUCCUCUGUUAAAUUGUGACUCGUGAAGGGAGUUUUAGAGGAGUAAUGGCGGUAAAGCCUGAAGUAAACUGUCAAUAGCUAAAACCUACAGUUUUGCUGCGGUUGCCAUUAUAUCUCCAGCUGAUGUUUUCUUCAACCACCAAGUUAAGAGACAAAGUUUUCUUCGACCAUAGUGAAGGAAAUAUCUGGACUUUGAUUGCUAUGAAUCACGCAUGAAAUUUGCCUUUCUUUGGGUCUUGUAUCCUUGAGUUUCCUUCACAAGGCAAGCCUGUAGGCAUACUGAUUCAACUCUAGUGAAGCUCCAAUGCUACAUGCCCUGUAGCUUCAUAAACCUAGGUUGUUCAUUGGUGGUGCCGUGGUGGUUCUGUGGUAUAU